UAUUAUCCAUAUCCUAUUACCUAUUUCUUUGCGGUCAUAAAUUAUUGCUUUCAGAUUGUCUCCCUUUUGAUCAAAAGCUUCUAACAUAAAACAAAUUCGCAUUGGUUGAAUGUAGUAAGUAUGUCCUAUCCAUUUUUGCGUGCUGCAACCCAACUUAGUGUUUUGCGGCGGUAUUCUACUAGUCGGGCAUGUCCCAGUCAUGCCAAACUCCCCAGUUCCAAGGAAAUUCGGCAGAGAUUCUUAGAUUUCUUUAUCGGUGAAAAUGGUCAUCAGUUUGUACGAUCCAGCUCGGUGGUCCCGUUCAGCGAUCCCACCAUUGCCUUCGUGAAUGCCGGAAUGAAUCAAUUCAAGAAUGUAUUUCUCGGGACAGCCGAUGCGCCAUACCCGCGAGUAGCGAACUCGCAAAAGUGUGUUCGCGUGGGUGGUAAGCAUAACGAUAUCGGGGUUGUCGGCACUGAUGGAUACCAUCAUACAUUUUUCGAGAUGCUGGGAAAUUGGUCGUUUGGAGAUUACUUCAAAGCGGAAGCAUGUGAUAUGGCUUGGCGAUUGCUGAGAGAUGGAUACGGGAUUGAUACCAGGCGAUUAUAUGUGACGUAUUUUGGGGGUGACGAAGCGAUGGGAUUACCUGCUGACAUAGAAUGUCGUGAUAUCUGGGCUAGUUUGGGAGUGUCGCCGGAACGAAUUAUCCCAUUUGGCGCCAGCGAUAAUUUCUGGGAGAUGGGCAAUUCAGGUCCCUGUGGACCAUGUAGCGAGAUCCAUAUUGACCAUUCUGAUCAUUUCCUAGAUACAGAACAUCGGAGGCAUUUUGUCAAUGCUGGAAGGCCGGACUUGACAGAAGUGUGGAACUUGGUGUUUGUUCAGCACAGUAGAAGUUUAGAUAAUGGUAAAAUAUGCAAUCUACCUCAACAGCACGUAGAUACAGGAUUGGGGCUAGAAAGAUUGGUAUCACAUCUUCAAGGCAAAAGCAGUAAUUACGACACGGACUUAUUUAUGCCGUUAAUACAACAUAUUCACAAGGUUACCGGUAAAUUUGAGUAUAGCGGAGUAUACGACAUUAGAAACGAAAAGUUUGAAUUAGACACCGCAUAUCGCUUGUUAGCUGAUCAUUCCAGAAUGAUUACAGCCUGUUUAUCAGAUGGAAUGUUUCCUUCUCAAAAUCACAAACUACGUCGGGUGCUGCGCCGAUCUCUUUCACUUUCGGAACGUAUCUUCGAUUGUCCAACUUUAGUACGUCAAUUGAUUCCACUAGUUGUGGAGAGUUUAGGUGAAACCUAUCCUGAAAUGGAGAAAAAGCUUUCUGACACUACAUUAAUCAUUCAGCACGAGGAAGAAUCCUAUCGAAAGCUAUGUUCUAAUUUACGCAGUGAAUCCCGAACGCUACUGGGAAAGUUUUCCUACCUCGACGAGGCCGACCUGGUUAAUCAUCCUGGUUUAGCACAUGCAUUAACAGAGAUUCAAAGACUGAAAACAAAAGAGCAUGUCAUAGAACUUAGUGGGAAUUUAAUUCAUAAAAUGUACGAUACCUAUGGGUUGGAUGAAGAUUUGCUUAUCAGAAUAGCAGAAAACGAAAAUUUACAGCUCGAUCUGAAUGGGUAUGAAAGCUAUUCCAAACAUCUUAAAGAUGGUGCAAAACUCGAGCUUGCAUUACGACUGCAGGAAAGUCUUAACUCUUCCUUUGAUCUUAAGCAAGAUUUAAAUCAUAUUAACGUAUGCCCUACGCGAAACGAGUACAAGUAUAACUAUACGUUUAACUUAGAAAGGGGUAUGUACGACAUACCACAAUUAAACACCAAAAUCACCUCAAUAGUACCUAUAGGAAACUCGCUUUGCCACGUGGUCACUGAAAAAAGUAACUUUUAUUUUGAGUCAGGCGGGCAACAAAGCGAUAAAGGACGUCUUCGGUUAGCAAAGGAUACCUCUAAAGAAUACGAAAUCAAGCAAGUGGUGGAGCAUGAUGGAUUCAUUCUACAUACAAUUGAAAAUAAUGCACCAACAACCGAACUAUCAAUCGGAAAUGAGAUUAUUUUAACAGUCGAUGCUAACAGACGAAGUUCCAACAUUAUGCAUCACACUGCGACACAUUUGCUAAAUUCCGUAGCACGAAAGGUACUUCAAGUUCCCAUCUGCCAAAGAAGCAGUUUUGUUGGCGAGAAAGGUCUUAAAUUAGAACUGGCAGUAUGCAGUCCCUCUAUCGAAAUUAGUCAUGUAGAACAAAUUGAGCUGGAAAUUCGAAAGCUUAUUCAGCAAAAUGCACCAAUUAGAACUCGAAUUUGCAACGCUCGGGACCUAAAUUUUGAUCAAAUUAUAACCAUUCCCGGUGAAGUAUACCCAGAACGCAACCUUAGGGUUAUUGAAAUCGGGAAUAAUUUAUCCACGGAGCUGUGCUGUGGAACACAUGCUCAAUCAACUGCUGAGUUGCAAGACUUUUGCAUCACCAACCUAGUUCAGACCAAACCUGGAUGCUAUGCUUUUCACGCUAUUGCUGGAUUGUCUGCCGUUAAAGCCACUUUGCUGGGCAAGCAAAUCAGUAACGACGUAAAUCAGUUAAAAGACGACAUGGACAAACAACUGAUUCAAAACAUGGCUAAUAUCGAGACACGCAUGCAACGACUAAAAAAUGUACUCCUCGUCGGUUCGGAAAACAACAUCAACCUACCGUACGUUACACGACAACGCUGUCUAGAGAUCAUCCAUGACCUUUACAAGCGACUGAAAGAACACACUCGUGAAUCGCUGCGGAAAUUUAUCGACAUGGAAAUGGGAAAUCUACAACAGGAAAAGCCACUGCAGAGCCACCCGUUUAUCGUCCACUUUCUGGAAAGUUCUUUCAUACUGGAAGAGGUUCAAUUGAUAAAAGCAACUCGCCACUUUACUGAUCGACCUAUUCUGGUGAUCAGUAUUACGGAUGAUCAGGUUAAAGCCCGUGCCACCGUACCGGAGGCUAAUGUAAACCAGCAUUUUGAUGCUCAGAAAUGGACCGCAGUGGUUGCUAACGUGUUUAAAUCGAAAGUUUUCGCCCCAAAAGGACAAAAUGCUGCCCAUGUAUGUAACAUGCGAAGCAGAAAAGUGCAAACGCUGCAAUUUGAAGGACUACUUGAACGUGCACUCAAAGAGGCGUCCGAGUUUGCUCGGAAAAAUAUGCAAUAAGAGCGUCUGUAUGUUUUAUUUUAACUGCCUGUU